CCUCAGGGUAUGCUAUUGGUCUGCUUCCACUUUGGAUAGAAGUAGCAGCUCCCCAGUUAAACCGCACACCUGAAAAGCAGCCCGUGCUCCUCUGCUCAAAUCUGGCUGGCACUUCCAUUGGUUCAGGGCACAUUUCCUUUGGUGAUUUUCAAGAAAGCGGUGAUACAAAGUGGCAAAAGGCUCUAGGAAGCAGGAUGCCACAAAUGCCUCUGGGAAAAGUGGUCCUUUAUAGCAGUGUGAUGUCUAGUGGGGCCUGUGCCCUCGGUUAUUACCUUAUACAAAAAGCUUUUUCCAGGGCUUCCUACUACCAGCUGGGAUUGGAGCAGCUGCAGAGCCACCGUGAAGCCCUGGAAGCUCUGGGCACUCCUCUCAACACUCACUAUCUCCAGCUCAUGGACAGUAACAACUUUGUGGACAUUGCUGAUGCCAAGUUGAAGAUUCCUGUCUCUGGAUCCAAGGCAGCAGGCCAUCUCUAUGUCAUCUCCUCCAGAGAGUCCCCCUUUAAAAGGUGGCACCUUGAGGAGGUCUUCUUAGAGCUUAAGGAUGGUCAGCAGAUUCCUGUGUUCAAGCUCAGACAGGAGGAUGGUGAUGAAGUAAAAAUAGAAAAAAGGUGAUAAAAAAGACAGCUUUCUCCAAGCAUGGCCUUCCCUCAUCAACAUGUACCCUCCUAUGUCUCGAGCCAGUUUUCCAACCACCAGAGCGAUGAUUAUAUGUGCUGGCAUAUGGUAAUUUUGUUUUAAUUGUGAUUUGACCACAAUAGACACUAUUGAGAUUUUGUUUAAUCAGACAGAAACGUUUCCUGUAAGUUUAUAAUUAUUUGAAAGUUCUCUACAAAGGCACAGACUAAAAGGCAUCGGUAUUAAUGGGAUGUUUGUUGAUUUGCUGGUUCUCACUUCUUUUCCUCUCCCCAAGCACUCCUCCUAUUUUUCAGCUCCAUCAAUGAGAAGAAGAAGAUUUACUAAAGAACUUUUUAAUUGUCAAUGUUAGAAUGCUCAGGAAGUACAGCCUUUUGUAUCUUGUAAAUACCCUGAAUUUAUAUUGUUAAGUAGCUUGUGAACAUUCUCAUUUUGUAAUUUAUUGCUUCAUUGUUGUUUUAUUUUCUAAUUUGUUUUUUAGUUAUCAACUGUCUGCCCAAUUAAAGGUUUGAAAAAUA